AUGUCUUGGACGAUUGAGCGGGAUAGCAAUAACAGCGGCGACAUAGACAAGCUCAAGAAGGCAUUGAAGAUAGCAUCUGACAAAGGCAUCCUUUUGUUCUGCUCUACUCCUGACAAAGACCAGGACAACCAGUCAGACACGCAUUUCCCUAUCCAAUGUGACCAUUCCAUCAAAAAGUUCAGGGCUGGAGCAGCAACACAAGAUGGAUCUCUUUGGAAAAAGGCCAGUAACCCAGCCGACUUUAUCUUACCGGGCGGUAACAUCGGGAUUAGAAAAGGCGAUCCGGAUCUCCGAGGAUCGAAUGUUCUGAAACCCGGAUCCUCAAUAGCCACGGCCUUGGCCGCUGGGCUAGCGGCCCUUAUAAUUUACUGUGUUAGACUGGGAAGGGUGACGGUGCGCGAGUUUCAAAGGAUUCAAGAGCAUGAGUACAUGAAGGAAGCGUUUGAACAUAUUGGAAGGAGCGGCGGCAAAUCUGAUGGAAAUUACGUCAGAAUUGGCGUCGAAUCGUUUUUCAAGAAGCUUUCUCAGAACUUCACUGAGCCAUCCGAAGAUUGA